AUGUCCUACAGUGACCUCAAGGGCAAGACAUUCGUCAUCACCGGCGCCGCGUCCGGACAAGGGCGAGCAACGUCUCUUAUGCUCGCCAAACAGGGAGCGAGUCUUGGUUUACUUGACCUUCACCAUCCGCAAUCUGUGCUCGACGAGAUUAAAGAGAUUGGUGGCGAGGCAAUUGGAUUUGAAGUCAAUGUCGCUGACUCGGCCGGAGUAGAAGCUGCUGUAAAAGCAGUAAAAGAAAAGUUUGGGAAAAUCGAUGGAGCAGCCAAUCUUGCUGGGUGGAUUGGAACUCAGGGUUUCACCGGGAAGGCUUACGCCCUUGAUACGAUUACGGAUCAAGAUUGGGAUGCCAUGAUGGCAACGAACUUGACAGGCAUCAAGAACAGUCUCGCGUCAGAGCUACGAUACCUCAGCAAUAACGGGAGUAUCGUAAAUAUUUCUAGCAUUGCAGGACAGCGAGGGUCGCCAUGGAACGCGCCAUAUGGAGCAGCUAAGUGGGCUGUGAUCUCCUUGACCAAAUCGGCCGCUCAGGAAGCAGGACCUAAGAACAUUCGGGUGAAUGCAGUGGCACCAGGUCUUGUUGAUACUCCGCUUGCAAAGGCUCUUGGACCCGCUGAGAUGGUCCAGGAAAGACUUGUUCCCAGGACCGCUUUGAAACGCGUGGCUCAGCCGGAGGAAAUCGCCAGCUGUAUUUUAUUUUUGCUUAGUGACGUCUCUAGCUACGUUACUGCCAGUGUUAUCAAUGCAGAUGCUGGUUUCCAGUGA